AUGAAGUUCAACUGUACUGUUGUUCUUGUAGAGCAUAUCACCUUGGAACUGUUGAAAAUAGACGACCCUGUCAGAGCAAUGAAUGAAUCAAUUCCGUCUGUUACUGGAUCAUCUGAAGUUGUUCCCUUAAACAAUACAAGUGUAAAUACAGAUUUUGAAGACGAUGAUGGAAUCAUUGCAAUGACGACAACAGUGAUGGUUCCGUCGGCAAUAGGACUUUCCGUACUUACACUAGUAGGUAUAACAGGCAAUGUUAUGACAGUAUUUGCCUAUCUCGGUGACAGACAACAUAACACAGUGUAUGAUUUUUUCAUAUUAAAUUUAGCCAUUACGGACCUUAUAUUGUGUACUGUGAGUAUGCCGGUCUAUGCCGUAUACACUCUCAUGGAAUUCACGUGGCCAUUCGGCUAUUGGUUUUGUAAAAUAUGGUUGCUAAUAGAUUUUACGGCUUGUACCGAAGCGACAUUACUAAUUCUCGUUCUGAGUUUGGAUAGACUGUUCAUGAUUAGUCUAGGGACAUUCUAUAUGCGGAAAAUAACCUGGACAUUUGCAAAGACUGUCAUAAUCAUAUCUUGGUUCAUAUCUUUCGUUUAUUACGGACCGGCUAUACUUGCUUGGGACUACUGGGUUGGAUACUCAUCAGUAGAGUAUAUGGAUUGCGAUGUAGAAUUUGCCUUUGAAAACGUUUUCGUAAUCGUAAUGUCAAUAAUGGAUUUUGUGAUACCAGCGAUUGCACUUUCUAUUAUUAAUGGACUUCUCUUCCAUAAAAUAUUGAAAUGGGCUAAUAUACGACAUGUACAGCAGCAGAGAGUAGAGAGAGAAAAUACGAGAAAUGUCAAAGCGAUUGGUAUAUCUAAAGAUAAGCAAAAGGCACCAACAUGUCCUGUUGCUUGGGAAACCGUUCAUCAAAUAAGAUGUGUUGGAAAUUUAGUUAUGGCAGUGACAGGGAUUAAAAAUGUUCAAAAUCACACCUAUCAAUCGAAUAUCGGAAUGAGGGCCGUAGGAAAUACAAAAAUUGCCAUAACUAUUAACCGAAAAAUGAAAUCUGCAAAGCUUCUGGCAAUUCUAGUUUUAACCUUCCUCCUCUUUUGGUCUCCAUACACAAUCACAACUGUGGUCAUUUCUAUAUGUAACAACUGUGUCAAUUGGAGUCUUUACGAAUUUUUCAACUGGCUGUUAUGGAUGAAAUCAGCAGUUAAUCCUUUAUUGUAUGCUUUUAAUAGUCCUCGAUACAGACAAUGUUUCCGGAGGUAUAUGACAUUGAAUGGAAGUAUAUGUAGGUCUGCUAAUCGGAGGUCAUGA